AUGACACCCUCACAGAGAGCCCGGUACGGAUGCGAAGCGGCGCGAAACGCUAAAUGGAGAAUGGCAGCUCCUCCGGUCCCCUUGUUGAAGCGUGCUGAUGGGGCACCGCAGCCAUGGCCCAUUCACCCUCACCCAUCAGGACAGGUCCACAGGUCCCACUUCCCUCCUCAACUCCCUCUUUUCCACACGCGUCAUGCAGAGGAGAGCGCAGAAAGGCCCCAUCUGGUCACCAUCAUCCGCCCCUGCGGUCAAAGCAUACUACGCAAGGUAACAGUCCUGUUGAACCGUAGAGGUGUGGUGUCCUUUGAGCAACUGCUAUUGGAUAUCUCAGAGGCGUUGGGCUUUCCUCGCUGGCACAGAGCCCGAGUCACACGCCUGUACACGACCCACGCACGAGAGGUGAAAGGUGUAUGUGAUUUCUUUCGAGGCGAGGUGGCCUUUCUGGCGCUCGGUAAGGCUCGUCCUGAGCUGAGCGGUGUGCAGGAGGCUCUGGAGGAGCUGUUUCCAGAACAUUCCCAUUACCGGGCUGAUGCACUGCGGGCCUGGGAGAAAAGACUUUGUCCGGCACCAGAUAAAGCAGCUAAGGCCGACAGCGGAUACAGCGAGGGGACUGACAGCAGCGAGACAAACGCUAACCAAGAAACACACCAGGACCUAAAUACACACAUCAGAAAUCACACUAAUACACACACAAGUACACAGCCACCUCACCAUAUAGAAAAACAGCAGCCUGAAAAUUACAACUCAGGUGUUCAAAAGUGUCAUAAAAAGAAUUCCUGCAGGAAACCCGCUCACCUUCCCAACCACCUGCAGAAACUGCGUGUGAGGGGCGGGGUCAGAGAGCAACAGCCCUCUGUGAUUGGACCAUUUAAACAUGAGGAAGGUCUUAGAGAAGCAGACAUGCCCUCUGCUGCACUGUGUGCAGAUUGCUUAGCAAGGAGAGUUAAACAUCAGGGUGCAGAGCGGCCCAGUCAACUGUCAGGGAGGGUCCCACUUCCUCCUGUGUCGAGGAAGCCUAAGGGAAGUUCUUAUACAGAACAGGAAGUGAGAAAAUUGUACGUUCACAUCAGCCCCACUCCACAGCCAAUCAGCAGAGACGAGGAGAAGAGUGUCGCCCAGUUAGUCCCAAAUCCACCUCCAGAUGUGGGUAAAGAUCACAAGGACCUACAGCAGAGGACGACCUUUAACCUUCCCUCAGACGGCAGUGAUGUCACCCUGGCUGAUAUCGAGCAGUGCUAUGAAAUUGGACGCGUAGUUGGCGAUGGCAACUUUGCAGUGGUGCGAGAGUGCCGCCGUCGUGACAACGGACAAACACUUGCCAUGAAGAUUGUCGAAUGCUCCAAGCUGAUUGGCCGAGAGCACAUGAUGCAGAACGAGCUGAGCCUUCUGGGUAGCCUCUGUCAUGCUCGCAUAGUGCGGCUGUUUGCGCACCACCACACACACACCCACUUGUACUUGGUGAUGGAGCUGGUGAGCGGGGGGGAUUUGUUCGAAGCCAUCAGUGAGAGGGGGAAGUUUCCGGAGGCAGAGGCAGGACUGAUGGUGUCAGACGUGAGUGAAGCACUGAACUACAUCCACUGCAAAAGUAUCGUCCACAGAGACCUCAAACCAGAAAACCUGCUGAUAGAGCAUGUGGCUGCUGGCAUCUGUAGGCUGAAGCUGGGAGACUUUGGUCUUGCCAUGAUUGUGACUGAACCAGUCUUCACCAUAUGUGGCACGCCCACGUAUGUCGCCCCAGAGAUUCUCUGCGAGACAGGUUAUGGAGUUGCAGUGGAUGUAUGGGCUCUGGGCGUUAUUCUUUACAUCCUGCUGUGUGGAUUUCCCCCAUUUCGCAGUCGGGAUCGGGACCAGGAAGAGCUGUUCCAGCUAAUAAAACAGGGACAAAUCCAUUUCCUGUCCCCCUACUGGGACCCCAUCUCAGAAGAAGCCAGAGGCCUUGUCAGAGCUCUGCUUCAGCCAGACCCCACUGCGAGGCUGACGGCAGAGCAGACCUUACUGCACCCCUGGGUGAAGGCUAUGGCUUCAUUUUGCAGGCAGAGGGCGCUCUCAGACAAAACUCAGAGGGACACAGCCAACACUGGGGCAGAACCAGACAAGUCCAGACAAGUUGAGAGACUAGCCCAGAUCAAUGCAGCAGCAAGGGUUAUGGACAAAUCAACAAGAAACACCAGCAGGGAGGGAGAAAAAGAGUCCAGCAGACAUGACGAGCAACAAACUGAGAUGAACUUGAGAGGAAGACAAGAUGAGGUCAAACCACCACAGCAGCAAUUAAAGGAGACAGUUCACACCAUGUCUCAAAAGCUUCAAGUGCACACACCCUCUGGGGCCACACUUGGUCAGCAGAAACCAGAGUGCACCCCUGCAGACUCUGGUUCACCCAGCAGACCAGAAAAACAGGACCCAGGUCCCCCAGACUGUGAUCCUGACUGCUUAAUGAGCCCGAGUGUUGAACUCAAUCAACCUGGUGCCUCCACAGCCCAAACUGAGCUUCCAUCCCAGAUUAAGUUACAAUCAAAACAAAACAGCCAACAGCAAUCGCCUCCAUCUUCACCACCUAAUACAGCGCAACCAACCACAGCAGGUCACUCAGCACAAAAUCUCCCAUCCUCCACACCUCCGCCUAGCACCCCCCCCCCCCCCACCCCCCCCGCUGAAAACUAA